UGUGCACUGACUGUCCGGUCUUGCUUUUGCUUGCAGGCCGCAUGGAGCCGAGAGGAUGCGCCGCCCAGCUGCUCAUCAGCUUCUCGGUCCUCCUCGGCCUGGCCGGGGCCCAGUGCCCGGAAGGCUGCUCUUGCUCCAGGGCUGCCCAGGUGGAGUGCUCCGGCCCCAAGAUCGCGGAGAUGCCCGGCCCCUUGCCCAGCGACGCCAUGAGCCUGCAGGUCGUCAACACCCGCAUCACUGAGCUGGGGGAAGCUGCCUUUGGGAACGCCUCCACGCUCAUUGCGCUGCGGAUGGAGAAGAACGGCCUGUCCCGCCUCAGCCCCGGCGCCUUCAAGCACCUGGUCGCUCUCCGCUACCUGAGCCUGGCCAGCAACAGGAUCCAGGAGCUGCCGCUGGAGGUCUUCCAGCCCCUGGGCAAGCUGGAGUCCCUGCUGCUCUCGGGCAACGCGCUGCGCCGCAUCCACCCGGCCCACUUCGCCCAGCUAGGCGGCCUGAAGGAGCUGCAGCUGAACGGGAACGACCUGCAGGCCCUCCCGCCGGGCGCCUUCGACCCGCUGCCCUCCCUGCUCAAGCUCAACCUAGCCAAGAACCGCCUUGCCCUCCUCCCGCCGAGGCUCUUUGCGCAGCUGCGGCGCCUCCAGGUGCUGCGCCUGUACGAGAACCAGCUGGCGGAGGUGCCCCCGCGAGCCUUCGGCGCCCUGGCGGAGCUGCAGGAGCUGGGCCUGCACCAGAACCGGAUCCGCCGGCUCGCCCCCGGCCUCUUCUCCGCCAGCCGUCGGCUGCAGAAGCUGUUCCUCUCCAACAACCGCCUGGAGACCCUCCCGGGAGGCGUCUUCCUCGGCCUGCCGGAGCUCGCCCGCCUGUCCCUCUUCGGCAACGCCCUCCGGGAGCUGCGGCCGGGAACCUUUGGCCCCAUGCCGAGGCUGGCGGAGCUGUGGCUGUACGACAACCAGCUGGCCGCCCUGCCCGGCCACGUCUUCGCCAACCUGACAGAGCUGCGGCUCCUCGUCCUGAGCAGGAACCGGCUCCGCGCCCUCGCCCCUGAGGCCUUCGCCGGGCUGGGCCAGCUCCUGGAGCUCUCCCUGCACUCCAACGAGCUCUCGGCGCUGGACGCAGACGCCUUCCGUGGCCUGGCCAAGCUGCAGAACGUCUCGCUGCAGAACAACCGGCUCCGCGCCCUGCCGGGACGCCUCUUCCAAAGCACGCCGGGCCUGGUGACCCUGCAGCUGCAGAACAACUCCCUGGAGGCCCUGCCGGCGGGGAUCUUCAACCGCUUGCCCCACCUGCACGAGGUGCAGCUGCACGACAACCCCUGGCGCUGCGACGCCGGCCUCCUGGCCCUCAAGCGGUGGCUGCAGGAGAACCGGCGCCGGCUGAGCAGCAGCCGCCCGGCCUGCGCCUCGCCUCCGCUGCUGCAGGGGCAGCCCAUCGCGGAGCUGGAAGACGCGCGCUUCGGCCCUGAGGUCGCCGACGUCACGGACUGGCGGGUGCCCGCCUCCGGCCCCACGGAGAACCCUUCCCGGGAUCAGAGUCCGGAGACAGCCCUGCCCCCCCACUCCCCGACCCCUCCGGACAAUGACGUCGGCAGGGCAGAGACCGAGACGGAGGCCCCCCCGGGGGCGGCCACGGAGCCUCCCCUGCCCCGAAUGGCCCCAACAGAGGGAGGCAUCUGGGGCUUGACGCGCACCCAGACAGGGGUGGUGGUCACUUGCAUGGUGGUUGGCGGUGCUUUGCUCCUUGGGGCGCUGGUUGCGGCAGCCCUCUGUGGGUACCGGAGGAAGACCCACCUGGACCUGAGCGCCUAGAAGGGAGCGCGGAAGAGCUGGCAAGCCGCUCGCGGGUGGGGGGGAUGGGGGCGUCUCCUUUUGCAUCCCUUUCUCCAGCUUUACCAUCCUUGCUCCGUAGGCAGCCUCCAGGGCUGGCUGGGGGGGGCACGCACCCAGCCAUCCCCUCUCUUACACGCACGCACGCACACCGCCCUGCCUGACGUUUCUCUUCCUGGCACGAGAGGCGUGUGGAUGAAACGCGACUAGCGUGCUUCGGCUGCACUUCGCCACUUGCGUGCCCUCCUCUGCCUGCCCAGUCUGGCCGGACGCGGGCCCUGGGUUGCCCCAGGCGCUGCACCCCCGUCUCUGCCAUGGGCUGAGCGGCUGCCCCAGAAGCUCCUGCUCCCUUGCGACUCCCAGGCACGCAGGCCCUCUACGGCUGAAGAGCCAUGCUGCCCUGGCGGGGGGGGGGCACGUUGUGGCUCGUGCCCUUAGGAAGAAACUCCCCUUGGGGACGGAGAGGGAGGAGCCCCUGGAGACAAGAGCCAGGCUCUGUUCCCGCCCCUUGUGGGCCGCUCGACUGCGGCUGAGAAGAGCCGGGGUCUGCCAAGGGCGGCUGGCUCCCCAGUGCCUGGUGCCAUGGGGGGGGUCUUGCCCAAGAGAGAGCGAGCAGAGGACGCCCCGAGGCGCCCAGGGUGGGCGGGGGGCGCAAUCUCAUCCAACCCAAAGGCUCCUGUUGGGAAGCCAGACUGGGAGCGCUGGGAAGCGCCUACGGAGUCCCUGUCGCCAGUGUGGGCGAGGGCUGGUUCCCAUGCCAGCCGGUGUGCCCCUAAAAGGGCGCGGCCAUCGGGGAGGGGGCUUUGGCUCAAGAAUCACCCAAUCACUGAAAAUACGGCGACAGCAUGGGGCACU